GCUUCGGGCUGCUGCCUCAACUCCACACAACAACUCUUCCCCACGGAGAGGAGGCAGCCAGUGCAACUUGCAACUCGACCGCAGCUACCGGGACGACAGCCCGCCCGCCGCAACCCAGCACCCACCUCCAGCAGAAACCGAGUCUCGCUGCCCGGCUGCCCGCGCCGCGCCCACCCCGCCGCUACCGAACUCGGAACCCACAGCCCGCUGCGCCCCGACCAUGUCCCCCGUCGGCUUCGCCUUCGUGCUCCUCCUCGCCCUCUGCAGCCGGCCCGCCUCCAGCCAGGACUGCAGCGGCCAGUGCCAGUGUGCGAGCGCCCCGGCGCCGCGCUGCCCGGCCGGCGUCAGCCUCGUGCUGGACGGCUGCGGCUGCUGCAGGGUGUGCGCCAAGCAGCUGGGGGAGCUGUGCACCGAGCGCGACCCUUGCGACCCGCACAAAGGCCUCUUCUGUGACUUCGGCUCCCCGGUCAACCGCAAGAUCGGCGUGUGCACUGCCAAAGAUGGUGCUCCCUGCGUCUUUGGAGGGACGGUGUACAGGAGCGGAGAAUCCUUCCAGAGCAGUUGCAAAUACCAAUGCACUUGCCUGGACGGGGCGGUAGGCUGCGUGCCCCUGUGCAGUAUGGACGUUCGCCUGCCCAGCCCUGACUGCCCCUUCCCGAGGAGGGUCAAGCUGCCCGGGAAAUGCUGUGAGGAGUGGGUGUGCGAUGAGCCCAAAGACCACACCGUGGUUGGCCCAGCCCUAGCAGCCUACAGACUGGAAGACACGUUUGGCUCAGACCCAACUAUGAUUCGGGCCAACUGCCUGGUCCAGACCACAGAGUGGAGUGCCUGUUCCAAGACGUGUGGGAUGGGCAUUUCCACCCGGGUUACCAAUGACAACGCCUUCUGCAGGUUGGAGAAGCAGAGCCGUCUCUGCAUGGUCAGACCCUGUGAAGUCGACCUGGAAGAAAACAUUAAGAAGGGCAAAAAGUGCAUCCGCACCCCCAAAAUCUCCAAGCCUGUCAAGUUUGAACUCUCUGGCUGCACCAGUGUGAAGACAUACCGGGCUAAGUUCUGCGGAGUGUGCACAGAUGGCCGAUGCUGUACCCCCCACAGAACCACCACUCUGCCUGUGGAAUUCAAGUGCCCCGAUGGUGAAGUCAUGAAGAAGAGUAUGAUGUUCAUCAAGACCUGUGCCUGCCAUUACAACUGUCCUGGAGACAACGACAUCUUUGAGUCACUGUUCUACAGGAAAAUGUAUGGAGACAUGGCUUAAAACCAGAGAAAGUGAGAGACAUUAACUCUGUAGGUUAUAACUUGAACUAAUUUGCAUCUCAUUUUUUUUUUGUGUAAACAUGACUUCAGUAGCACAAGUUAUUUAAAUCUGUUUUCUAGCUGGGGCAGGAGGGAGGAAGUUUCUCGCCAAAUUAAAAAUAUUGUGCCAUGUGACAUUCAAACAAAUAGUCUAUCAACCCCAAACACUGGUUUGAAGAAAGUAAAACUUGACCAUGGGACUACAUUAGCACAUAGCACCAGAAUGUAUACUAAGGUGUGGCUUUAGGGACAGUGGGAGAGCACCGGUAAGGUAAGGUAGUGAUGUGCCUGCUAUUUGGAGUGUAAUUGAGAAAGAGCAUUUUAGCAUGCUUGCUAAUCUGCUUGAAGCUCUAAUGACAGCUAGGAUGUGUGUUCUCCAGCCAUCAAGGGCCUGAGUCAAGUUCUUGUUUAAGUUAGAACAGCAGAUUCAGCUCUGACAUUCUGAUUCUAAGCAGAGUAUUCAGGAAUCAGAACCUUGUCUAUUAGACUGGACAACUUGUGGCAAGUUAAUUUGCCUGUGACAAGCCAAAUUUUUUUAUUGACAUUGUGUGUGUGUGUGUGUGUGUGUGUGUGUGUGUGUAUAGUGUGUACAUAUAUAUAUAUAUUUGUACAGUUAUCUAAGUUAAUUUAAAGUUGUUUGUGCCUAUUUUGUUUUGUUUUGUUUUUUCAAUGCUUUGAUAUUUCAAAUGUUAGCCUCAAGUCUGAACACCAUAGGUAAGAUGUAAAGCUUGUUUGAUUCAAAGCAUGAAGUGGAUAUUCAAAUGGAAAUUCUGCUCAGUUAGAGGGACAGUCCAUCAAAAUAGACAGUUUGCAGAAGAUGAGGCAGCAAUGCUUUGGAAGUCUGACAGGCUGGUUAGAAAUGUGGCAGGCUCACUUUUGUUAAACAAAUGAUCUUUAUUUGUAAAUGAGUGGUUCUGUAAAGCUGAUCAGUUUUUCCACCUGGAAACAUUUGUUUCUACUUUGACUAUGGCUGUUUUUUUGGACAGUUUUAUUUGUUAAGAGUGUGACCAAAAGUUACAUGUUUGCACCUUUCUGGUUGAAAAUAAAGUAUAUAUUUUUUCUAUAAA